AUGACUCAGCAGGGAGCUGUUCUUCAGGGUUACAAUAAUGAACUAGUGAAAUGCAUUGAAGACUUAUGUAUGCAAAAAGAAGAGCUGAACAAACAAAUCCAGCAAGCAGAAGAGGAAAAAAACAAACUCCAGCAUGAAAUCCAAGUCCUGAGUGAACAACUGGAGUGUGUAUGUGAAAGCCUGGCCCAAAAGGUAGCUUCACGGAAUGAGCUUGAUAAGAUUCUUGCUGAAACUGAAGCUGCUUACAUGAAGAUUUUGGAUAGUUCUAGAACUUUACUUAAUGUCCUGAAGAAGGAAGUGGGAAGCUUAAAGCAUACGCCAGAGCUGAAAACCAAUGUAACCUGA